UAUAUCAAAUAAUUCACCUACUUAACAUGUCUGCCAAGGAAGUCGAGGACUCGUCCACAGCACCCGAAAACAGAUCGAAAUUCAAGCCAAUUAUUUUCACCAAUGCUCCCCAUCUGCCGGGCGAUCGAGUUCUGUCGGCCGGCCGGGAAAAGUUGAAGAAAUGGCUCGGCCGCAUGGUGCGCAUCACACUGAGGAACAAGCUGGUGCUGGUGGGCAUCUUCAGCUGCACGGACCACGACAAGAACCUCAUCAUAUCGAAAUGUGAUACUUUUGUGCAUCCCAAUCAGGAGCCCAUUGCCUUUGGCAAUGUCAUGGUGCCGGGCGAUCAGAUCCUGACAUUUUGCGUGGAUAUGCCCGUUAGCUCAGAGCCGGAGUUGCAGGUGUCAUGUGACAAGGUCGAUGAGGCUGCAGAUGAGGUUGUCUCAACAGACGGCGGGGGAACGGGAAUGGGCCAAUUGAUAAAGCGCGGCGCAGAGCAGGAAAGCGAUAGCAGAGCCCGCGAAAUCAAAUCAAAGUGUUGA